AUGCCUGCGAAUCAAUUUUACUUGCUGGGCGAGGCCAUCAACUCAGCCCGAGGCAUUGAUAUCGAGUCAAACAUUGACAUCGAAGGCCUUCAACUCUUGAUCGCCGGCCAAUUUGCAAUUGUCGAGCCAAACGGCAUCGGCUUCCAAACCGAAGAUGCAAACCUCAACACUCCCACAGAGAUUCUGGCGAGCGAAAGCCCAAUCGCAAUCUCAAUAGACGGCAAAGCUGUCCGUGAAAUCCCAGGACCAAAAGGCCUUCCCUUCGUAGGCAACUUCUUCGAAAUUUACCCAGACCACUUGGGAAACCACCAACGCCUCUUUGACCAAUACGGCCCGAUAAUCCGCACAACAAACAUGGGCCGAACAGUCUACCAAACAAAUGACCCAGAACUCUCCUCAAUCGUCUUCGCCGAGUCAGACUUCUUCACCAAGAAGAUCCAAGAAGGCCAUCCCCUCCACCCAAUCAAGAACCAACAAGCGGGUGUCUUCCUCGGUGACACCGAUACACCGGAAUGGCGUGCAGCACACAAGUUCUUGCCUCCGGCAUUGGGACCAAAGGCUGUGCGACACUAUGCACCUACCAUGCAGGACACUGUCGAGGAUGCGUUUAGUGUGUUUGACGAGCUUGAUGAGCGUGGUGAGGCUUGGAAUGUCUACCAAUACAUGCUUAAGCUUGGUUCGCAGGCCGUCGGUAAGUUGGUGCUGGGCAUGGACUUUAAGCAUUUCUCUGCUAUUGAUGCGCCGCCUCAUGAGCUUGUCUACCGUAUUGCUGAGUCGCUGGAACUUAACAAGAAGGUUACCGCCCGUGGCGAUUGGUAUGCCAAGAUGCCGUUCGGAGAUCCUAAGCGGUUGAGGGAUGCGCGUGGACGUAUCAUCGAGAUGGUCAACGAGUCUAUUGCCAAUGCCUCUCGAGGUGGUGUUGAGGAUCUGCCAUUGCAGGAUGCUGCAUUGAAGGCGGAUAACAUGAUUGACUACAUCAUCCGCGCAACAGACAACAAAGGCGAAAAACUUCCCAAAACCAGCCUAAUGGAAGCCCUAGUCGUAGCAACCGGUGCAGGCUUCACAACAACCAGCUCCCUUCUCUCCUGGCUCCUCUACUCCCUCGUCAACUACGAAGGAAUGCAAGAACGCCUGCUCCAAGAACUAAUCGACAAUGACAUCGACGAAAACACACCCAUGACAGCCGACCUAACAGACCGCCUGACCUUCCUCGACAAAUUCAUCAAAGAAACCCAACGCCGCCACAACCCCUCCUACCAACCGGCGCGCACAGCACGCGUUGACAUGAUCCUGCCUGGCGGCUACAAGCUGCCCCAGGACUCAAUCGUCAUCCCGGCCCUGCACCACAUCCACAACAACCCAGCUGUGUGGAAUAACCCUGCCCGCUUCGAUCCCGAUCGUUGGGACACGGAUGAUGUCAAGAAUAGACACAAGAGUGCUUAUGUGCCUUUUGCUGCGGGUCCUCGGAUGUGUAUUGGUUUCAGCUUUGCGCUACAGGAGGUUAAGGUAUUUUUGCCGAAGUUGCUGUAUCGGUAUCGCUUUACCCGGGAGAAUGAUGGCGCUGUCGAGUAUGAUCCUAUGUUCCAGUUGAUUCGGCCGACGAAUUUGUAUGUUCGUGCUGAGCGACGGGUGAAGUGGCCCGUUAAGACGGAAAACUAG